AUGCAAGAAUCUGUCAUACAAUGGCCACUUGGCCUAGACCACAACGAUCUAGCUGGCGCAGGCGUCACAGCAAUUGUCGCCUUGCAGUUUGCGAGCCAGACGUCUACUAGGCAAUACAUUGCAAGACGGAAACAAGUCCCACUUUCUCUGAGGCUUCGUUGGGUCGAACAAGUCUUUGAUGCCGUGCGAUUUGUGCAUUCAAGAGGUGUACUUCAUGCCGAUAUAUCGUGUGAUGAUGUUUUCCUUGAUGACAAUCUCAACGUGAAGCUUGGUGAUUUCGCCGGCUCACGCAUUGACGAGCUUGCACCGCUCCUCUGUUAUGAGACGAGUCACGAACUUCCUGGCGAAGAUAUUUCGACUAGGGCUGAACUCUUUGCCCUCGGUUCUACCGUUUAUGAAAUCAUGACUGGCUUGAAGCCGUACGGCGAUCUACCGGAUCAUGAAGUAUCUGCUGCUUUCUCGGAGGCUUGCUAUCCUGAUUUAAAAUCUGUCGCUGCGUUCAGGCACACGAUUAUGAAAUGUUGGAGGCAGAGUUAUGUGAGCGCGGAAGAAGCCCUUUGCGAUAUAAGAGUAGAGGUCGCUGCCAUGAAAGAGCCGCGCGGAUCCCGUUUCUGCGCUCUUCUCGGUCAUGAAACGGUUUUGGUUCCUUUUGUCCUGACCGCUGGGUUUCUGAUUGCAUUUGUGGGCUGGGUUAGGAGCUGGAGAUCAUUUUAA